AUGGGAGAUGGUAUUUAUAAGCGCUUCCCUGUUCCGGACCUCAUGCUAGGCCAACACAUCGUGCCCUCUAUUGCUGGUACAGUUUCGAUACGCUCAGGGCCAGUUUUGGUUGCUGCAGAUUCCGUUCGCAUCCGCGUCAUUGAUGGACCCUGCAAGGACAGCACCAAUCCACAGUUAUGCGUCGAUCCUAUUCCACUUAGCAUGCGCAUAAUCCAGGGCCUUCAGGAUAAAGUCAAAGAUGAGGUCGGCAAACACGAAGACGUCACCGUGGCAUGUUGGGGAUUUCAUGCUGGAGAGCCUGGAAACGACUAUGUUGCCUAUGCUGACAUCCUGCUUGACGUAAAGACCGUUAACCCUAGCAUUCGUCGACGAGCCCUUGACAUAAUUGAGAGGCAUUUUCGUGAUGAAUGUAAUUCCGAAGCCGUGCCUACAGACCCCGUCUUCAACUACACUGUUCGGUCCCCUCUGACCUCCAAUGACGAAGCCAUUGUCGGCCCUAUCUCUAAGGUCUUCGAAACCUACUUUGGGUCAAAUGCUGGAGAAAUGGCAUUCACCCGUGCUUGCGAGGACCUUUCAACCCUCGGGGCUACGCAAACCGUCCCAUACGCAUACUGGAAUCAUGGAGACACUCCCAUUGGAACCAAGAAGCCUUUUGCGACCAACCAUUCACCUUUCUUCGCCCCUGCGAUACAGCCUACACUCAAGACUGGAACUGAUGUAAUGGCACUUGCUGCGUUGGCGUUUCUGGUAUGCUAG